AUGUAUAUAAAUAAAUGUUGCAAGUGGAGCAGAGCCUUUCAUAGUAGCAGAAUUCUGCUUGAAGAGAAACAUCACGAUAAGAGUCUCCAGAGAAAAAUUCUCGAAAGGAUUCUUAGACCUCAGGAGGAAAAUGCUAUCAGAAAAUCAGGAUUCAAGCUAUGGUUAAGUCAUUUGAGUAAUUCGCGUAAAACGUAUGAGCGAUUAGAGAAACUACAGAAGUGUAUCAUGGAACAAGUACAUGUUGAAGGAUCUAAAAAUAACGACAAGCUAUUCGAUGAAAUAAAUCAGUGGCAUUUUCGAAACGAAAAGGCAAGUACUGUUUUGACACCUACAUUACUGAUACACGGUUACGCUGCUUCUUCAAUGUCUUUUUUCAGAAAUUAUCCGGGUCUCUCCAAACACAUCCAAAAUCUAUACUCAAUUGAUCUGCCAGCAAGCGGAUUGUCUUCGAUACCGCCAUUAGAAAUCAAUGCGACGACACCUUUACCUUUGGAUAUUGAAUUCACUGGAAAAAAUAAGUUCAAGAUUCCAUAUACAAUAAACCUGAAUCAUCAUAAAUUCGUAAUCCAAAUGUAUGAGGACUUUUAUCUCGACAAAAUCGAACAAUGGCGCAUUGACAAUAAACUAGGCAAGGUGAAUAUCGUGGGGCAUUCUUUUGGUGGAUACUUAUCUUUCAAGUAUGCUGCUAAAUAUCCUAAUUCAGUAGAGAAACUUUGUUUGGUAUCCCCGCUAGGAGUGGAAAGGAAUAUAUGGUCGAUAAAUAAUAAUUUUCGCUCAAACACUCUUUAUACUAUUGGCUUCGAAGAUCCAAGCUCUAAGUUUUACUCGAAAAGAAAUAUGAUUCCUAAAUAUUUAUUUGAACGACAAUUUCAAUUACUAAGAAUGAUGGGUCCAGUAGGAGCUAAAUUAUGUUGGAAUUAUAUAAUGGCAGCGUACAGUCGAGUUCCAUCGUUAGCGUACAAAGAAUAUAUCUUUGAAUUGUUUUAUGGUAAGGGAGGUAUACCGGAGGUUACAACAGAAAUUUUCAAAGGAUUAUUUUCAAGGUGUAUUUUAGCGAAGGAUCCUUUGAUGGAUUCUCUGCAUUAUUUAAAUGUCAGAAAACUGAUGGUAGUAUAUGGGCAAUAUGAUUGGAUGAAUAAAAAAGCCGGCAUGCUCAUGGUCGAAAACUUGAACAGUUUAGGAAACUGUUUAGAAAAAGCAAGUUAUUUAGAGAUACCUUCAUCUGGUCACAAUCUUUUCUUAGAUAACCCGCUAUCGUUCAAUCAAUCAAUCGUGUCAUUCUUAUCAGAGGAUCCUAAGUUGCCUUGA